AUGCCCAUCAACGCCAACGCCGUUCUGAGCCGCUUACAAGAUCAGUCCAUUCGGGACCAAUCUUUUCUUAAGUCCUCUCUACGCGAGUCACGACACCAAUUCGAGCACCAUCCGUACGCAUUGUACGCUGUGGAUGUCAAGUUCCAACCAUCCCUUCGUCCGACUGGCCGCUUUGCCAAGCAAAAGCACUACUACAGUGGGAAGCACGGCAUGUACGGCUACAAGAUCGAGGCCACAGUGUCACCGAACGGUCGUUGCGUGGCAAUGUCGGAAUCGCACCCUGGUUCCGUGCACGAUUUUACGAUCAUGCAUUCGCGUCAAGAAGUGCACAAGGCGAUGCUGAUGAAGAACCAGCAAGACAUGUUGUUGCCUGACCAUGGUGAGCUCUCCGCGCAGUAUCGAGAGCAAUGGGCGUGCCUCGUUGACAUGGGGUACAUUGGUAUUGCCAACACUCUGCGUGGGAUCCAUCCCAAGCGCUGCCUAGUGAACGGUGUGUUGGAUGCUAGUGACGUUGAGCGCAAUCGCUUGAUCUCUUCCGAUCGGGUGAUCGUCGAGAAUUAUUUUGGGCGGGUGUGUGCGUUGUGGAAGGCCUCAUACGCGACGUUCACGUGGUCGGAGAAGAACUAUUGUGCUAUUCAACGAACGACGUUUGCCCUAUCGAACUUUCACCUGUCGUUGAUACCCCUACGUCUUGAAGACGAAACCUUUUAUGGAAUGGUCUUGGCGCGUUACGAAAGGAUGGCAAAUGAAAAGAAGCGUAAGCGUGCUGAGACGCAGCGCCGCUAUCGUUUGAACCGACAAGAGAGGGCUGCAUUGGAUCAUAUUGUUUUUAUCUUUGUUAAAUUGUGUAAUACGUAG